AUGUCAGUACAAGAUGUUGUCGUCACUUUUGACAGCCCGCAAGACCCCUAUGAUCCACGAAACUGGCCCCUGAAGAGAAAGGUUUACACCACUCUGCUCUAUGGGCUUAGCACGAUGGGCUCGACGUUUUCCACGGCUUCAUUCUCCACAGGAAUCCACGAGAUGAUGGGCGAGUUCAAGAUUUCAGAGGAGGUGGCAAGUCUAGGGACGAGUUUGAUCCUAAUGGGUUUCGCGUUUGGGCCCUUGAUCUGGGCACCCGUCAGUGAACUUUACGGACGGAAGCUUCCUAUGGCUGUGCCAUAUUUUGUAGCCGUUUGCUUCACCUUUGGUACUGCAGCUGCCAAGGAUACACAGACACUGCUCAUCACACGAUUCUUUGCGGGCUUCUUUGGGAGUGCGCCUCUGUGUAUCACUGGAGGCGUGCUUGCGGAUAUGUUCUCACCGCAACAACGAGGGCUCGCCUUGACGGGUUAUGCUCUGGCCGUUAUUGGCGGACCUGUGUUGGGUCCCAUUGUUGGUGGAGGUAUGAUGUAUUCUGGGUUGGGUUGGCGUUGGACGCAGCUCAUUACCGGCAUCAUCAUGGCUGUCAUGGCCGUGCUUGACUUUUUCUUCAUCGAAGAGUCAUAUCCUCCUAUUCUACUUGUCCGCAAGGCCCUCAGGCUUCGUUUGGAGACCAGGAACUGGUCAUACCACGCUCAGCAUGAGGAGUGGGAUGCUACAUUCAGAGAAAUGGUUACCAAAUUCGUGAUCAGGCCUAUCCAGCUCUUGAUGACGCCUAUCUGCUUUUUCUCGGCUUUACAUGCAAGUUUUGUUUACGGCAUUGUUUAUCUGAAUCUUGGAUCCUUCCCAAGAAUCUUCCAGGGAGCCCGAGGGUGGAAUGCUUUGAUCGGUAGCCUAGCCUUCAUCUGCCUCUUCAUCGGUGCUUGCCUAGGCUCACUUGUCAAUACCAUGUGCUCGAGAUGGUAUGUGGCUCAGCUCAAGGCCAACAAUGGCCGCGGUACCCCUGAGCAUCGUCUCCCUCCAAUGAUGAUAGGUGCAGUUUUCCUCAUGGCUGGCCUCUUCAUGAUUGGCAACACUGCCGAUCCGGGCUCCUUCCCCUGGAUCGUGCCUAUGAUAGCAGCUACGAUGAUGGGUCUGGGCUUUUUCACCAUCUUUCAGUCGGUUAUAGGCUACCAGAUAGAUACGUUUCCGCAGUAUGCAGCGAGCGCUGUUGCUGCCAACACGUUUAUGCGGAGCAUGCUCGCCAGCAUCUUUCCGCCUGUAGUGCCAAAGAUGUACUCGGCGCUGGGUAUCGAGAAUGCAUCUAACCUGACUGGCUACGUGGCAUUGGCAUUGUUGCCUAUCCCUUGGAUUUUCUUUUACUUUGGAGCAAGGAUUCGAGCAAAGGGUAGAUGGACCGCGAGGAAAACUUGA